AUGGACGACCCGUCGCUCGAGGCCAGCAUCACGGUCGCGCGCGGGCUGGCCAAGGUCGCGUCAAUCAUCGCCUUUGCGCAUUCGCACUGCGUCUUUGCGGGUGGCUGGUGCGAGGCCAUUCGGACGGCCGAGGCGACGACGACGACGUCAUGGGCUUACCUUGCGUACCUCGUCCUCUGCACGUCGUUUCCGGACGCGGCCGUGACGGAAGAGACGCUCGAGUUUUGGUUCUUCGUGUUGGAGAUGAAGAAGCGCUGGAACGACAUUCCGUCGCUCUCGUCGUGGAACGCGUUUUUGCCGACGGCGCUCCCCGUCGUGCAAGAGGUCGUCGUGCUCCUCAUCCAAAAGUGCCAGUACCCGCCCUGGUUCCUCGCGACAAACAGCCUCACGUCCGACCACCCGGCCAUUGACGCGACGCGGGAUCUCCGCCGGUAUAUUGGCGACACGCUCCUCAACAUCUUUGCCCAUUGGCCCAACGUCGACGGACGACUCGGCAGCUACGUCUGCCUCGAGACCGUGGUCGGGCUCAUGAAGACGUCCAACGACCUUCCGCAAGUCGAUGCGCUUCUCUUCGUGCUCGACUACAUGGUGGAGCUCUUCGACUUUGACGACAUUGACACGGAGAGCGACGGCUUGUUCAACGCGGUGCAAACGCUCUGGGAGUCGGCACUUGCGGUCUUUCCGACGUUUCCCGACCACCCGCUGCUCAUGCAAGGCGUGUGUCGGCUCGUCAGCUCGCUCGUCGUCUCGAUGCCGUUGAACGACCCGUACUACACGAUGGUCACGAGCGUGCUUGCAAAGGGCCUCGCGUCGCCGGCCGUGUGCGCACCGGCCGCCAAGUCGCUUCUCAAACUCAACAACGCGCUCACGAAAUCCAAGGCGACGCCGGCGACGAAAGCCGAGUGCAUUCAGCUACUCUUGAGCGCCAUCGACCGCCCGGACGUCCUCGCCACACUCUUUGCCGCCGCGCCCGCGUACGGAGAUUUUUUGGAGGCGCUCCUGCGCCUUGGCACGGGCUUUUCCGAGACCGACUACAUGGCGGUCAUCAACUGCGCCUUUCCGCGCAUCUUGAGUGCCCUUGGUCAAAUGACAAACGAGUCGAACGCGGUCGAAGUCGAGGCCGUCCUGUACCUCUUGUCGCGCGGCCUCCAGGGCAUUCGCCAAGCGAGCAUGCGUGACGCGUUCGUCGUCGAGCACUGGCCGCUCAUCCGGCAUAUUACGAUCGACCUCUUUGCGCACAGCGGGCGCGUCCGCGAGCUCGCGAUUCAAGUGUUCACGUCGAUCCUCCCGGCGUCGAGCCGCACCGACGUGGUCCUCGCCAUUCUCGAGACGUGCGUGCGCUGGCAUCGCGCGUACGCAGCACCGUACGUGCUUCAAUGCAUUGGCACGUUUGCGCAGUCGUGUCCGCUAAGCCUCACGCCGCAUCUGGCCUCUGUGCUCGAGAGCCUCUUUCAGUCGGUCUCGGAGAAGCUUCAGUACGACCCCAGCGCAUCGCUCGAGGCGAUGCGAAGCCGGAUGCUCGACCGCUUCAAGCUCGCACAGGACGACUUGGCCGCCGAGACAACGCUGUACUUUCAAAUGCUCCGCGACACUCUCGCGACGCUGCCCGACGUGGUGUGUCGGCCGCCCCUCUUUCUCGAAGUGCUCAAGCUCGCGUGCGUUCUCUUCUCGAUCGAGCACCAGCUACCAGACGUGACGGACGCGCUCUGCAGCUUCUUCAUCGACGCGCUCAGUGCCGACGCUGCCGGCAUCGAUGCGUUCAAGACGAUUGCGCCCGUGCUCGUCGACACCAUGCUCCGGCUGCUCGCUGCGACGCCGAUUUCAUCGAAAAAACGCGGUCUCCUCAACCUCCUGUACCAAGCACUGCAGGCCGCCACGACCCGCCCCGCCAUCCGAGAUGCGUUUGGCGCGGCGCUCCACCACGCACUUGUGGUGACGCGCGUGUUUCCAUCCAUGGCGCCCGCCGACGCGCUGCUGCUGUCGCAGAUGCUUCUCGGAACGCGCGAGAAGCGCAAGUUCCAAGUGCUUGCGACCACAACCGCGACGUACUUGCAAGGUCUCGGCGCCGCGCCGUGGCUCACGCCGACGCUGCACGUGACGAGCCCCCGCAGCCCGACGCCAUUGGCGCUCAACGAGAUCAUCGACGUCAUGAACUAG